UCGCUCCCGCUGCUGUUGCCGCCGCCUCUGCUCUAAGGAAGUCAUGUUACCCAACACCGGGAGGCUAGCAGGAUGUACAGUUUUUAUCACAGGUGCAAGCCGUGGCAUCGGUAAAGCUAUUGCAUUGAAAGCAGCACGGGACGGAGCAAACAUUGUCAUUGCUGCGAAGACCACCCAUGUAAACCCCAAACUUCCAGGCACAAUCUUUACUGCUGCUGAAGAGAUUGAAGCAGCUGGAGGAAAGGCCUUGCCAUGCGCUGUUGAUGUGAGAGAUGAACAGCAAAUCAGUAAUGCAGUGGAGAAAGCAGUGGAGCGAUUUGGAGGAAUUGAUAUUUUGGUGAAUAAUGCCAGUGCUAUGAGCUUGACCAACACAUUGGAAACACCUACAAAAAGAGUGGAUUUGAUGAUGAAUGUCAACACCAGAGGCACCUUUCUGACAUCUAAAGCAUGUAUUCCUUAUUUGAAAAAGAGUAAAAUUGCUCAUAUCCUCAAUCUCAGCCCACCACUGAACCUAAAUCCAUUGUGGUUCAAACAGCACUGUGCUUAUACCAUUGCUAAGUAUGGUAUGUCUAUGUGUGUGCUUGGAAUGGCAGAAGAAUUUAAGGGUGAAAUUGCAGUCAAUGCAUUAUGGCCUAAAACAGCCAUCCACACUGCUGCUAUGGAUAUGCUGGGAGGAUCUGGUAUUGAAAGCCAGUGCAGAAAAGUUGAUAUCAUUGCAGAUGCUGCCUAUUCCAUUUUUAAAAAGCCAAAAAGUUUUACUGGAAACUUUAUUAUUGAUGAAAAUAUCUUAAGAGAAGAAGGAAUAAAAAAUUUUGACAUCUAUGCAAUUAAGCCAGGCCAUCCUUUGAUACCAGAUUUCUUCUUAGAUGAACACCCAGAUACAAUUACCAAGAAAAUGGAAUCACAUGAUGCUCUUCCGGAAUUGAAAGAAGAGAAGUCACAGCCACCACCAAAACCACGUUCUGGAGCUGUGGCAGAAACAUUUAGAAUUGUUAAGGACUCUCUCAGUGAUGAUGUUGUUCAAGCCACUCAAGCAAUUUAUCAGUUUGAGCUCUCAGGUGAAGAUGGUGGAACGUGGUUUCUUGAUCUUAAAAGCAAAGGUGGGAAUGUUGGAUACGGAGAGCCCUCUGAUCAGGCAGAUGUGGUGAUGAGUAUGUAUACUGAUGAUUUUGUAAAAAUGUUUUCAGGAAAACUAAAACCAACAAUGGCAUUCAUGUCAGGAAAAUUGAAGAUUAAAGGAAACAUGACCCUAGCAAUCAGAUUGGAGAAGCUAAUGAAUCAGUUGAAUGCCAAGUUAUGAAGGAAAAGAAAAAAAAAUGUCGAUCACUAAGCUCAAAAAGUAAAAGGGAUCAACAGUUAAAAUCUGUUUGUUUUUUUCCCUUUCGUAUUAUAAGGAUAUGCAAAUUUGUUUUGGAAAAAACAAUUUCUGUAUCUAUAAGACUUGAAAUUGUAAUUAAAACGGCUAACUAAUUAAACAUAAGCUUCAUUAAGUGGAAUUCUAAGACAGUCUGCCCAUGGAAUUUUCUGAGUUUUGCCCUCUGAGAGCUAGAUUUCAUUCAUUGUGGGAAAGGUAUGACCCGGUUUAAGGAGUAAAAUUAGCUCUUCUUUAUCUCCCAUGUAAAAGGAGAUUAAUCUGUUUUAAAUUUUUCAGUUUGGGAUUGUAUGCUAAUGAAAUAUUAAUGAUAUUUUAGAUUUUCAUAUACUUGUUUUAAGGAAGAUCUUCUAUAAUGCAUUUUUGCGGAAAUCACAUAAACUAAUAAAUAGUGAAGACUAAUGAAACAAAAACAGUUUUUCAUUCUAACUAGCUUUCCAGGUAUAAGUUACCUAUUAUUAAUGUAAUUUUGCUAAUGUAAUUCAGUAUGUAUCCUCUUUUAAAUGUGUAAAAAUAUCUUAAAAUAAAAUAAUUUCUCCCCAGAAAAAAAAAAAAA